AUGCCUCCCGCCUUGACCGCCCCCGAACUCCAUCAAAUCGGCCCCAACCGCACCGACUCCCGCAACGCAUCUCGUACCUGCCAUGGAAUCACUCAGAAAGGCCGGCCCUGCCGCCGUGCCCUCGCCGCGCCCAAAUCACCCCUUGCGGUAACGGUCAGCGGGAGCGACGAGGGUUCGGUCGACCUACAAGUGGACGCCGAGGCGUUGUAUUGUGUGCAUCAUAAAACCCAGGCGGUCAGAGAUAAGCAUGUCGUGACGGUACGCCGCGUCGGAUCGAAGGGGAGCUUGGAAGAACUGUUCUCAGGACUGGGGAUUGCGGAGUCGGAGAUCGGGACGGCAUCGGGAAGGGUGGCGGCGAGUCCUUCGUCUCGGGGGAGAAACGAGCAUGUCGCGGGACAGAGCUCGACUGCAAAUUCCAACCAAAGGAAACCACGACGAGCACGGCGUCGGGAAGAGGGCGGCGACCCGGAGUGGGUACCAGAGAGUGGUGAAGAGCUGCAUCUAAAACCACAAGGGAUGUCAUCGAGCUAUGCGAAGGCGCAGCCGCCGCGGACGAGAGCAAGGGCGCCGCGACGACAGCCGCGAAAGAAGGCUUCUUUUCUUUCCUCGUUGAUGUCAUGCAUGACCCUGGACGAACCCCUUGAUGAUUCACCAAGGGCGCAGAGGAGACCCAGAAGGAAGAACAGCCGGGAGAGUCCACUGGCAGCGAUUUCAGAAGAGCAGGAACCGGCUGUUAGAGCUUCUCGAACGCACGUUGAAAGGUUGCAUGAUGAGGGCCCUUUGCAACAGGGCACGACAGGGGAACUAUAUCCCCGACUGCCAGAGAGAUUAUCGACUGAUACCUUGGUGGCGUCCAUGAGGCUCAGCGCCGCUGAGAAUGAAAGCAGGCGAGCUUCAACUCCACGGCAUGGACAGCAGCCGAAAGCGGAGAGCCCAUCUAAGCUUCGAACUCCCAGCACGGGCAACGGUCCAACGACGCCAAAACGACGACCGGUACAGGGCAUUACAGCAAGAAAAGACAGCGCCGUGGAUGCAUCGGAUCGAAGCGACAGCCCUAUGCAAGCAAAUAGUCGAUCUCCCCAACGGACGACAGCAGAACUCAUGCAGACCAUUUCCCAUCUCCCUCCAGCGCUCGCUGCCUCCCUCCUCGCCAAGCUCGCCACGUUCAAACCCACCGGCACUGACGGCUACAUCUACAUCUACUGGCUCACCGACGCUCACGACCUGCCCCUCCCACAACCGUACCACCAAAACGCCAUGUCCCAGAACCACCCCAGCACGCUCAUCCCGUCCCUCCAGCGCGUCGACAAGCCCACCAUCUUCCUCAAAAUUGGCCUCGCCACCAAUGUCUACCGCCGCAUGAAGCAAUGGGAUGAUUGCGGCUACCCGAAAUACAACUGGUUCUACCCCCGCGCGUCGUCAGGCUCCACGCCCGUCACCACCCCCGACGGCCAUCAUCGGCGACACGGCUCGACAGCGGCCGCCGCAUCGCACGGACACGAUCUGAACGAACUGCUCGAAAGCGAGCCGGAUCGCAACCGCGUCAUCCGCAGCGUCGACUGGGUGGAGAAGAUGAUACAUUUGGAACUGCAGGAGCAGCGGGUGAAGUGGGAAUGCACGAGGCAUGAGCGGUGGCAUACCGAGUGGUUUGAGGUGGAGCGGUCGCGGAGGGGGAUCACACGGGUGUUCGAGGUGGUCAAGAAGUGGGCGGAACAGAGUGAGAAGAUGAUGGAUGGGUGA